AUGGAGAAACCAAUCUUGUUGUUGCUGGUGCUAAUUACGUUGACAAACACCACAAUUGCAUCAUCAUCAUCAUCCUUCUCCACAAUCUGCCAUAGAGAAUCUGCGAAAGAUUACAUCUUUGGGUUUCGAGAUCGGAAUUGUCCCGGCGAUGAAUCAGCUUCUCAUCGUCCUCGUUUUGCUUCCGUCACUGAGGGAGAUGAUGGGUGGCUACAAAUGGCUACAGAGAUGAUUGAUAACAAGAACAAGUGUGACUAUGUGGCUUUACUCUUCUAUGCAUCAUGGUGUCCUUUCUCUAAAUCAGUCAGACCAAACUUUGAUGCAAUCUCUUCCCUUUAUUCAUCAAUUCCUCAUUUUGCAAUUGAAGAAUCAUCAGUCAAGGCUAGUACACUUUCAAAGUAUGGAGUUCAUGGGUUUCCUACAAUCAUCCUCUUGAAUUCCACAAUGCGUGUAGCUUACCGUGGAUCAAGAACUCUAGCUUCUCUUGCUACGUUCUAUAGCGAUGUUACUGGUAUCAAACCGGUAGAUGAAACUCCGGUUGAGAAAGCUCCUCAUCUCGGAAACCGAAACAACAACUCAGAGCCAGAAAACUGCCCGGUUUCAUGGGCAAGAAGUAGAAAAAGAUCACCUGAGAAUCUGUUCCGCCAAGAGACUUACCUAGCUCUUGCAACAGCGUUCGUCCUCCUGAGAUUGCUACACUUGAUUUCCCCAACAAUGGUUAUGCUAUCAAAACUCGUUUGGGCACGGUUUGCUCAGAACAUGAGACUAAAGAACCUCUUAGAGCACACCGUUGCAACGUAUCUCAAAGAACCUUCCGUGAGUAGCAAUCUGCAAGAAGGAGCCAUGAGUGCUAGAGCUUGGGCUUCUAAAUCUUUAGCCACCGUCUCAAUCAGUGACUCAACCUCAUCAACCAGAAGUGUUUCACCUUCUCAGUAA